UCUCAUCAUCAAUAUCAUCUCAAGAUUUGUUAUCGGAUUUUUAGUUGGCUUUUUGCAUGUGAUCAAUAAUCAAACGUCGUAAAUAUUUUAUAGUCGAACAAACAAGCAAAAAUGUCGAUUGAACAUAAAAAAUUCAUCGUCAGAUUGAUUAUUCCAACAAUAUUUGUUAUUAUUGUUCAUCUUUCAUCGAUUAUCGAUGGAACAAUAAUUGAUAAUUGUAAAUUGGAUAACGAUAAAAAUUUAACCGAACAACGAUAUACUCGAUUGCAAUCAAUUGAAUUGAAAUAUUUACAAGCCAAGUCGGAAGCACAAAAAUUGAUUGAUGAUAAUCGUGAAAAAGGUCUACAAGAUGAUAAUCUAAUCAAUCGCUAUGAUGAUCUUCUGAGAAAUUAUGAACAAUAUGAUUAUAUGAUGAAAAAUGAUCCAGAAAUGUGUGAUACAUUCAUCGAUGAAUUGGAAAAUAUUGUCCAAUAUUUUAUCGAUAAAGUUUUGAAACCGCGUCGUCAAAGUCGAUGGAAUUCGAAAUGGGAAAAGUUUUUAGGAAAUUGACUUUUUCGUUUGGAAAAAAGUUCCGUAGAAAAAAUCUCUACAUGUGUUAAAUGAUCAUUUUAUUCAAAUAAAAAAAGAUAUUUUUCAAA